AUGCCUAGGUCUUACACAAACUUCCACUCAUAUGAGGCCCUGGCGACCCACAGGCUUCAUCACGACGAAGCCAGCAGCCCCCCUGGCCGCGCUUCGAGCUCACGGGAUGCCGAAAUCUACGGUCGUUCCCAACGAAGGAUUGCUCAGUUUCGGGCAAAUGAGGCCAAGCACAAUUCAUCACCAGACCAUAUCAGACAAACAGCGAGGCAUGACCAGCUGAUGAGAAUCCAUGGUCGAAGCGACCGACAAGCAAACGGGGAAACAGAGGUAACUUCUUCCAACAAUGGGUACUGCGAAGCUGCAAAGUCGCGUAAUGAAAGAAUCGAGUUUGAUGAAGUUUACCAAGACGGCAAAGCCGAGUUCAAGCAUACGAUUGUCAAAUUCUCGAACAAGUUUUACAUCUUAAAAUGCGACAAGCAUGGCGUUCACUUUAAACAAAAUGCUCUUAUCGCAGCCGCAAAACAUCUCAAUAGUGCCCUCCACGGAUUCCUAAAAAAGGAUUUCUGCCAGGCCAUCGAGUUUCUUGGCAUCCGUGUCGUCAAUUGUACAGAUGCGCUGGCUAAGCUGAACAAUGAUUGCGUGCGUCACGCUUUUGCAAUGGGAUACAAGCCCAUGAACCUAUUGCGAAGCCGAUAUGAUCCCCGCUCAUGUCAUGAAACGCCCACGCCUCCUCCCGAACAAGGUCUGUCGCUGCCAACGGUCUCUCAGCAGACACCAGAACAGGAGUACGUAUCGGAAGACGUUCUGAACCCCAAGCCAGGGGAGCUCUACUGGGCCAAUUGCCUGAAGACCAACAAGGCGUCGGUGGUGAUGGCCUUGGGAUGGAAGGAUCUAUCAAUGUGUGGGCGGGAUGAGAUGUUUUGCGAUCUGAAUUUGCACAAAGAUAUGCCCAGGCCUCGUUGUUAUAAAUUUGACAAUGAGGGAAUCAUCGGUUGGGCUGCAGGUUACGGUGAUGGGGAGUCGCUGGUGUCGUCUCGCGAGGUAGCGGUCAUGCGGUGCGAGAGAAAUGGAGAGGACUCUUUCAUGUGGACGAGCCCGACGCAGGCGAACUUCGAACUCUACAGGUUUAUGCCAGGAUCCGAGGCUUUGACUCAUUCGAGAGCAUGCUCGCUCAUCAAGCUGUCGUGGAGGACCCGCGCCAAAGUCACUCAAGUACCGCAACAAAACCGCACCCUGUGA